CACAGGAAACAGACGCAAUCCCCAUUUCCGGGCGGCGCUUCACUGCAGGCGAAGUUGGGCAUGAACUUCUUGGCGGCAGCCGGCGCUAGGCGGCUGUGCGCAAUGCGCGCAGUCUUUCCUUAUCUUUGGAGAGGAAAGUACUUCAGCUCUGGGAAUGAGCCUGCAGAAAACAACUCUGUGACCCCCAUGCUGAGGCAUCUUAUAUACAAAAUCAAGUCUACUGGUCCCAUCACUGUGGCCGAGUACAUGAAGGAGGUCUUGACAAACCCAGCCAAGGGCUAUUACAUGAACCGUGACAUGCUAGGAGAAGAAGGAGAUUUCAUUACUUCACCUGAAAUAAGUCAGAUGUUUGGGGAGCUCCUAGGGAUAUGGUUCAUCAGUGAAUGGAUAGCCGCUGGAAAAAAUGCAGCUUUCCAACUGGUGGAACUAGGCCCAGGCAAGGGAACCCUCUUGGGAGAUAUUUUGAGGGUAUUUAGUCAGCUUGGGUCUUUGCUGAAAAACUGUGACAUUUCACUACAUCUGGUAGAGGUGAGCCAGAAAUUAAGUGAGAUUCAAGCAUUAACGUUGACUGAAGAGAAGGUCCCAUUAGAGCGACAUGCUGAAUCCCCAGUAUAUAUGAAAGGUGUCACUAAAUCUGGAAUUCCAGUUUCCUGGUACCGAGAUCUGCAAGAUGUUCCAAAAGAGUACAGCUUUUAUCUCGCACAUGAAUUUUUCGAUGUUCUUCCUGUGCAUAAGUUUCAGAAAACACCACACGGAUGGCGAGAAGUACUUGUUGACAUUGAUCCACAGGUUUCUGAUAAGCUGAGAUUUGUUUUGGCGCCAUGUGCCACCCCAGCAGAAGCGUUCAUACAAAAUGAUGAAACAAGGGAUCAUGUGGAAGUGUGUCCUGAGGCUGGUGUUGUUAUUCAGGAACUUUCUGAACGCAUUUCACUGACUGGAGGUGCUGCCCUGAUCGCGGAUUAUGGUCAUGACGGGACGAAGACAGACACUUUCAGAGGGUUUUGUGGCCACAGACUUCAUGAUGUCCUAACUGCCCCGGGAACAGCAGACCUAACAGCUGACGUGGACUUCAGUUACUUGCGUAGAAUGUCCCAGGGGAAAGUAGCUUCCCUGGGUCCAAUAGAACAACAAACGUUUUUAAGAAAUAUGGGCAUUGAUGUCCGGCUGAAGAUUCUUUUAGAUAAAACAGAGGAGCCAUCAUUGAGGCAGCAGUUACUUCAGGGGUAUAAUAUGUUAAUGAAUCCUAUGAAGAUGGGAGAAAGAUUUAACUUUCUUGCCUUGGUACCUCAUCAGAGACUUCAUGGUAGAAAUCAUCAGACGAAUGCACGUCAGUCAAAACCCUCUCCAUCACCUGUAGCUGGGUUUGGUGAACUUGCUUGGCGGUGAUAUUUCAGUUUGGACUUUUCACCCCCAAGUUGGCCUAAGAAACUAGAAUAAAAGGAACAUGUUUUAUAUAUCACAGAUGACAGCAUACAGAGAACAACAGUUAUGCAGCAAAAUGCCAGUCCAUAACAUGAAAUGCUUCCUUAUUGAAGUUAGCUCAUUGGUAACUAAGGAUCUUCUUCCAUGUCAUCUGGAUUGGGAGCCAUAAUGAAG